AAUGAAUACUCUUCCCAUGCAGGCAUUGCAGCCGUGUACCCUUCACCACCGCUUCGCUGACGCCUAGCGCAGAGUGUAUAUAGGUCUUGAGGCAUGUUCUCCGAACAGUGCAAUGCAAACUUAGGUUCAUAAGACCGAAGCGGCAAACCAACCAACGCGCCAGUCGAAUCAUAAGUUGUCCGACAAAAACAACAAGGCGCAACCGCAACCCCAAAGAGUGAUCCUGACGCGCCGGAAUGGAACGCUACCUUCUCAGCGAAGAGCCACAAGUCGGCAGGAACGAAGAAUCUAGCUCACAGUUGAAGGAAGCAAAGUCUAAGCUGUCAGAGGACUCGAAGACCCCGAGCUCGAAUCCCAUAUCCAACGUUCAUUCUGGUCUUGGAUUCUUAGAUCUGCCACCGGAGAUUCGAAACCUCAUCUAUGACUAUGCGAUAGAUGACAGUGAAAUACACGGCGGCUGGAGCAACGCCCCGCGACUUCUCUCGCUCCGAAAGGGUAGAAUCACGCCGCCGCUCGCCCCUGCAUCUGCCUCCACACGCCAAUUCCUCGGCCUCACCCAAGUCUGCAAGCGAACACGGACCGAGUACCGCCCCAUCUGGCUCCGCCACACUGCUAUCCGCAUAAAGUACGGAGAGCUGCCCGCCUUCCUCCAAACCUUCUACCCGAUAGUAUCUAACUACCAGAACGCGCCAAAGCUCCUCCAGAUAUCCUGGGAACACAGUAAAGGUACUCUCGAUCUGACAUCUCUGUUCCAAAUGCGCGUACAGUGCCCCACCUUCCCGGGCGAGUUCGUCGCGCAUGUGCUGGCUGAGGGUGCAUUGCCCGCGGACUUUGGAGAACACUUUAGGGACGACAUCUGUGGCGAGUGUGGGCAGAACCUUAUCUGGGAUCUUGGCACUUGGUCUUGCGGGACCCAUCGAGUCUACUAUGAGGAUAUAUUUAAUGGCUGGUGUAUGUACUAUGUCGAGGAAUACGAGUAUCUCGGUUCGUUGAAUUGCCUGCUUGCACACCGAAACGAGCAAUGGUUGGCGGAUGUGCGCGAGGGCCGCGUUACGCAUGUGGGCUGCGUGCUCGACCAGGACCCCGAGAAAGCUCGGCAUGCCGUAUCCUUGAAGCUCAGCCCAGAAGGGCCGCAGCAGGCGUUUGGGGGCAUUAAUGAUAUAGAAGGCACUACGACGCGGUAUCUCGAGAAGACGGCGCUUCAAGGCAUGAAGGUUGAGACUUGGAAUGAUCCUAUGGAGUUCAAGGUCGACGUCGGCGGAUUCUGCCGAUCGACGGUUUAG